AUGGAAACAUUCGGGUUCAUUGACGUGGAGAAGGCCGGAUCAAUCACUUUCAGACAGCAAAUAUGCGAGCGAUCAUUCUCACAUUGUGACGCAGAUGGAGAUGGCUAUAUCUCCAUUCAACUAGGAGAUGCACUGAAACAUAGAACCCCAAACUUGAACAAGGACGGGAUUCAAGGGAUGUACAUUUCGUUAGACGAAGACAAAGAUCAAAGAAUAAGCAAGAACGACUUCUUGUCCUGCUUAAGAAAAAGCCCUCUUCGCAUAGCUAUCUUCCCAAUCGAAAGUACAAACACCGACUUCCUUAUAUGUUGA